GUAUAUGCGACUUCGACGACAGAAGAUGAACAAGGACAUGUUUGAGGUUCUACAGCAUAUUGGUGUCGGUGCUUUUGGACGAGUUUCCCUCGUAAAAAAGAAGGAUUCCGGUCAAGUUUAUGCUAUGAAAAGCUUGCUGAAGCAAGAUGUUAUUAUGAAGCAACAGGCAGCGCAUGUCAAAGCAGAACGCGACAUACUUGCCGAAGCCGACUCUCCGUGGAUUGUGAAACUGUUCUUUUCGUUUCAAGAUGAUCGAUGUCUCUAUUUUGUCAUGGAAUAUGUACCAGGAGGCGAUAUGAUGCAGUUACUCAUCAACAAGGGAGUGUUUGAAGAAAAGCUGGCACGUUUCUACAUUGCUGAACUUACGUGCGCCAUCGAUUAUGUGCAUUCAUUAGGAUUCAUCCAUCGUGAUAUCAAGCCAGACAACAUUUUAAUUGAUCAACAAGGCCAUAUAAAACUAACUGACUUCGGACUUUGUACCGGAUUGCGCUGGACGCACGAUAGAAGGUAUUACGGUCCCGAAAACGACUCGGAGCCAUCGCACGUUCGAGUUGAUUCAUUUUCGCUGCCACCUGAUGUGCUCAAUAUUCGUCAUCAAAAGAAACGUGACCAGGCGCAUUCAGUCGUUGGAACAGGAAACUACAUGGCGCCGGAAGUAAUUUUGAAGAUCGGUCACACACAGCUUUGUGAUUGGUGGUCAGUAGGUGUUAUACUGUACGAGAUGGUCUUCGGACGGCCGCCGUUCAUGUCCAUGAAUGAUGAUCCAGCAGAGACACAGUAUAAGAUCAUCAACUGGUCACGAUUCUUGGACGUCUCGCCUCGUGCAGGGGGUGGACAUCUGUCAUGCGAUUGCAUUUUGUUCAUUCAACGCCUUUGUUGUGAUCGGAGUAGUCGAAUUGGAUCGAAUGGAGCUCGUGAAGUGAUGGACCAUCCAUGGUUUCGGGGGAUUGACUUUAAAAAUCUGCGAUCCACACGAGCUGAGUUCAUUCCUAGAGUUGAACACGCCGAGGAUACGUCCAAUUUUGAGGCAAUUGAGAUAAGCGAGUCGCCAUUCGAAACGCUGGGUAAACGGGUGCCGAACAAUCCGGCAUUCUAUGAAUUCACGUUCCGACACUUCUUUGACACUGACGGACAAGGUUGUCCAAGCCUUCGACCGCCGCAGAAGCGACCACCUCUAGCACCGCUUUUCGAAGGAAUAGGAGCCCGGCAUGAAGCUGCAAGCAGCUCUGAGUCAAUCGUCAUUUAA